AUGGCCCCUCCCCCCUUCCGCGCCGAGCACGUCGGCUCCCUCCUCCGCCCGCAGGACCUCCUCGACGCGCGCAACGCCGUCGACGGCGGCAAGACGCCCGACGAGGCCGGGCUGCCGGCCACGGAGAAGCGCGCCGUCGCCGACGUCGUGGCGCUGCAGCGCGGGCUGGGCUUCCGCGCCGUCACGGACGGCGAGUACACGCGCACGCGCUUCUGGGGCCUGACGUGGGACGAGUUCGAGGGCACGAUCCGGCUGCAGGACGCCGACGCGUCCAUGUUCCGGCUCUACCACCCGGACGUCGUGUCGCUGAUCGAGAAGGACCGCAAGGUCAUGCCCGGCGACUCGGUCAUCGCCGGCGGCAAGCUGCGGCACGACCCGGCCAAGAGCGUGUCCAACGUGCACGAGCUGCGCCUCGUGCAGAGCGUGACGCCCCGCGAGAACUGGGGGGACAUCAAGAUGACCAUGAUCACGCCGGCGUGGUUCCACAUGCGCUACAAGCAGGGCCGGGCGUACACCCCGGAGGCCUAUGCCAACGACGCAGAGUACUUCAAGGACGUGGCCAAGGUCUACGCUGCUGAGCUGGACCACCUCUACAAGGCCGGUCUGAGGAACGUUCAGUUCGACGACCCCGGUCUGGCCUACUUUUGCUCGGAGAAGUUCCGCAAGGGAUGGGAGGAGGACAAGGACAACAUCGGCACCGUCGACGAGCUCCUCGACGCCUACAUCCAGCUGUACAACGACUGCAUCGCCGGCUGCCCCAGCGACAUGCACAUCGGCGUGCACCUGUGCCGAGGCAACUUCAUCGGCGGCAGGCACUUUGCUGAGGGCGCCUACGACAUCAUCGCCAAGAAGCUCUUCCAGAACCUCAACGCGACGACCUUCUACCUCGAGUACGACACGGAGCGCGCGGGCGGCUUCGAGCCGCUGAGCGUGCUGCCCAGGGACAAGUACGUCGUCGUGGGCAUCAUCAGCACCAAGCUGCGCGCGCUCGAGGACAAGGAGGAGAUGAAGCGGCGCGUCUACCAGGCCGCCGACUUCAUCGCGCAGGGCCGCGGCGAGUCGCGCGAGGAGGCGCUCAAGAGCGUCUGCGUGUCGCCGCAGUGCGGCUUCAGCACGCACUCCGAGGGCUACCCGCUCAGCCUCGAGGACGAGAAGAAGAAGCUCGCGCUCGUGCGGGAGAUCGCCGACGAGAUCUGGGGCGAGCCUUGA